AUGGCGCCUACGGGGCUCCGGAUCCUACUGUUGAGUUUGUGGGUAAGUGUCGGAGCUCAGGGAGAUACGCCCAAGCCGGCCCGGGUGCCCCUGAUCCCUCACAGGCCCUUCGUGGUGGUCUGGAAUGCUCCAACUGAGCCGUGCCGCCUGCGUUUCCGAGUGGACUUGGACUUGAGCGUCUUUGACAUUGUGGCCAACCUCAACGAAACCCUGAGCGGACCCAACGUGACCAUCUUCUACCACAGUCAUCUGGGUUAUUAUCCAUACUACUCCAACUCGGGCUAUCCCGUCAACGGCGGACUUCCGCAGAACCAGAGCAUCUCCAAACACCUGAGCAAGGCCCGCAACGACAUUGACAAAUUGAUCCCUCACAAGGAUUUCCGAGGUUUGGGAGUCAUUGACUGGGAGAACUGGAGGCCCCAGUGGGUGCGCAACUGGGGUGGCAAGGACAUCUACCGCAACAAGUCCAAGGAGCAGAUGCGGAAGCUCCACCCCAACUGGCCAGAGAGCAAAGUGGAGAAGGAGGCAAAGGAAAGUUUUGAGAAAGCCGGGCAGGCAUUUAUGAAUCUGACUUUGGCUUUAGCUGAGGGUCGCCGUCCGGACGGCUUGUGGGGUUUCUAUUUAUUUCCUGACUGUUACAACUAUGGCUAUAAGCAACACCCGCAGCGCUACACUGGCGAAUGUCCCAAUGUGGAGCACGUUCGAAACGACCACCUAAUGUGGUUGUGGAAAGAGAGCACGGCUUUGUACCCAUCCAUCUACCUGGAUUAUGAGCUUAAGUCCUCGACCAACACCGUCAAAUUUGUCCACUACAGAGUGAAGGAGGCUAUGAGGAUUGCUUCGAUUGCACGGCCAGACAUCACCUUGCCAGUUUUUGUCUACUCCAGACCCUUCUACGCCUACACCUUUGUGGUUCUAUCAGAGAGCGACCUGGUGCACACUAUAGGAGAAAGUGCUGCCCUCGGAGUGUCGGGCGUUGUCCUGUGGGGUUCAUCAGAGUACGCUAGAUCACAGAGAAACUGCCUGACAGUGAAGAAGUAUAUUGAUGGCCCUCUGGGCCAUUACGUGAUCAACGUCACAUCAGCAACCAAGCUGUGCAGCAAAGCACUGUGCAAAAAGAACGGACGCUGCGUCCGCAAGAGCCUGGACUCCGGCGCCCACCUGCACCUCAACCCGCGAUUCUUCAGAAUCCGCCGGAAGGUGUCACCAUCAGGCUCUCGCUUCCACGUCAGCGGCCACCUGAACCACCAGGACAUCCUGGAAAUGAAGCACAAGUUCACCUGCCAGUGCUACCAGGGCUGGACUGGCGUCCACUGCGAGGUGCCCCAAGUGGUGGAGCCUAGACGGCCCGUUAGGCCUGGUCUGCAGCUUGACAGUCUGCUGGGGGACUUACUGAUCCUCCUCUCAGUCCACUUCUCCUGCCUAUGCAUCAUUACGCUUCUGGGCAUCUGUCUUGUCAUCAAAUGUCUCUUUGUCUAA